AUGGAGACAGUGGAAGGAGCUGACCUCUGUGCUCCACAACUUCUCAACACCUCCUGCAAGAAGCCAAAGCAGCCUCCCACUGAGGCCAUGGUCAUUUACACAGUGCCGUCCUUCAUCUCUGUGCUCACUGUGCUUCUCAACCUGCUCGUCAUCAUCGCCAUCUCACACUUCAGGCAGCUUCACAGUUUGACUAACCUCCUCCUCCUCUCCCUGGCUGGUUCUGACCUCCUUGUGGGCCUCUUGCUGAUGGCGGUGGAAAUCAUCUACAUAGAGGCUUGCUGGUUUCUAGGUGACCUUGUGUGUACUCUGUAUUAUGUGUUGGACUACCUCAUUGCUUCUGCAUCUGUGGCUAACAUGGUUCUGAUAUCACUGGACCGAUUUGUGGCGAUCUGUGACCCUGUGAAGUACCACCUCAGAGUCACCCAGCGAAGGGUACAACUGGCUGUGAUUGUCUGUUGGAUUUGUUGCAUCUUCUACUUUGCCCUCCUUUUACAUGAUCAUCUGCUUCACCCGGGAAAGUCCAACACCUGUUUUGGACAGUGUGUGGUUGUCAUUGAUCACAUUGCUGGAAUUGUUGAUCUGGUUAUCACCUUUAUUAUUCCCAUAAGUGUCAUUGUGGUUCUGUACCUGAGAGUAUUUGUGGUGGCUGUUAUUCAGGUGAGAGCCAUAUGCUCCCAUGUCAUGGCUGCCAAGCUGCAGCAUUCAAGGAAUGUGUUUGCCAAGAAAUCUGAGCUGAAAGCAGCCUGGACACUUGGCAUUGUGGUCAUUGUGUUUUUAAUUUGCUUCUGUCCUUACCACAUACCUGCUUUUGCAGGCCAGGAUACAGCCAUCGAUGCUUCAUCUGCAGCCUUUGAGAUUUGGUUGGCACAUUUUAACUCCUACCUGAAUCCAAUCAUUUAUGUGUUUUGUUACCCCUGGUUUAGAAAAUCUGUGAAACUCAUUGCUACACUUCAGAUCCUGAAGCCUGACUCACGCUACGCAAAAGUGCUUUAA